AUGUUGCCGAUUGCGAGUCACCCUGCAGAGUUGGUAAGAAUAUCGCUUAAGUCAGAGCUGGCGCUCGAAGAGCACAUGACUUCCUCAGUACCUAAAUCUCCAUACAGUUCCUCCUCCUCAAUCAAACGCUUCAAAUGCUCCAAUAACCUGGUAGAUUUGCGCUUGAAUGUCGAGGAUGCCGAAUAUGAGCUAAGCGAGGCUUCCAAACCAGCCAUUGCACGAGACGGAGUUGUAGCUGAGGAAGCUCUUGUUUUGUGGGAAUGA